CCAGAUUUUCUUCACUUCCUGUAGUUUUGACACAGUAGUAGCGAGCUAACGUUAGCAUCAGUUAGCAGAAUUUACUCCUAUCAUUUUGGCGUACUAUUCAACUUUCGAUGGCGGAAAACAUGAAUGCAGAUGUGGAACGAUCAGAAAGAUCCGAUGGCAAGAUUGUGAAAAUGGAGAUUGACUACAGUUCAACUGUAGAUACACGUCUACCGGAGUGUGCCAAAAUGGCAAAAGAAGGUAGAUUGCAGGAGGCAGUUGAAAGCCUGCUGUCACUGGAGAAACAAACAAGAACGGCCUCUGACAUGGUGUCCACCUCCAGAAUCCUUGUGGCUGUUGUGCAGAUGUGCUAUGAGGCGAAGGACUGGGACGCCCUGAACGAAAACAUCAUGCUGCUUUCUAAAAGGCGGAGUCAGCUUAAAGGGGCUGUUGCUAAGAUGGUGCAAGAAUGUUAUAAGUAUGUAGAUACAGUGACUGACCUUACCAUCAAGCUGCGACUGAUUGACACUUUACGCACAGUGACCGCUGGCAAGAUCUAUGUGGAGAUUGAGCGUGCAAGGCUGACUAAGACAUUGGCCAACAUCAAGGAGCAGCACGGUGAGGUCAAAGAGGCUGCAGCGAUUCUUCAAGAGCUUCAGGUAGAGACUUAUGGCUCCAUGGAGAAGAAGGAGAAGGUGGAAUUCAUCCUGGAACAGAUGAGGCUGUGCAUCGCUGUCAAGGAUUAUAUCCGUACCCAGAUCAUCAGCAAGAAGAUCAACACCAAGUUUUUCACAGAGGAUGGCACCGAGGAGUCUAAGCUAAAGUAUUAUAACCUGAUGAUCCAAGUGGACCAGCACGAGGGCUCCUACUUGUCCAUCUGCAAACACUACCGGGCCAUCUAUGAUACACCCUGCAUUCUGGAGGACAGCUCCAAAUGGCAACAGGCCCUGAAGAGCGUCGUGCUGUACGUCAUUCUUGCUCCCUACGACAAUGAGCAGUCCGACUUGGUGCACAGAAUCAGCGAAGAUAAGAAAUUGGAAGAAAUCCCCAAAUACAAAGACCUCCUGAAACAGUUCACCACCAUGGAGCUGAUGCGCUGGGCCUCUCUGGUGGAGGACUAUGGGAAGGAGCUGAGGGAGGGUUCCCCAGACAGCCCGGCCACCGAUGUCUUCAACUGCUCAGAGGAGGGCGAGAAGAGGUGGAAGGAUCUCAAGAACAGAGUGGUGGAGCACAACAUAAGAAUUAUGGCCAAAUAUUACACCAGGAUUACAAUGAAGAGGAUGGCUGGACUCCUGGACCUGUCCAUAGACGAGUCUGAGGAGUUUCUCUCCAACUUGGUGGUGAACAAAACCAUCUACGCCAAGGUGGACAGGCUAGCUGGGAUUAUAAACUUCCAGAGGCCCAAAGACCCAAACGACCUGCUCAACGACUGGUCCCACAAACUGAACUCCCUCAUGUCCCUGGUCAACAAAACCACACAUCUCAUCGCCAAAGAGGAGAUGAUACAUAACCUGCAGUGAUGAGGCACGAGAGUUUUUUUUGUUUUUUUUGAGGUUUUGGGGGAUUUUCAUUGAAUUAAACGUUAUACCAGUAUCAACCAUCUUCAUUUUGGUUACAAUAAAUACCAAACUACACCUUUGGUUUCUUACAAUUAGCAAAGUUGAAGUAUGUACAGUGAACAGGAUUGUGGUGUCUUAACGCCCUUGUGCCGUUAUGAUCUUUGAAUUGAAUUCAUAGCAAACUGUUUAGUCUUCCCAUAAUUUACUUGGGAAGAUUUUGGGCAUAUGCUUUGUUGUAGAACCUAGAUUAUGAACAGGUAUACAUUGUACGUGUUUUCUCUCCCGUUCCAACACUUUUUUUUUAUGUAACUGUAAUAAGGGAUUGUGUGUUUGCGUGCAACUUGUAUUAAAACAUUUGCUGUAAACUCUUGACGCUUUUAAUGUCUACUUUGCAUUGCAAACAUUAAACUCCUAACCUGGGAUAAUGGAU